GUCGUGAGACCAUAACUCUGUGUUUUCUCUAUCGACCUUUUCUUCUUGUCUUCAGAGCUUCUCUCUCUUCCUCGCCUAGCCCUUAUCCGUUUGCUUCUCUCUUCAAUCCUCUGCUCUUCUGCUAUUAUUCCACAACUUUGGUCUCUGAUCUCUCAACUUUCACACUGCAAAUCGAAGGCUAUUUCAGGUCAGUUUAAGUUCUAAUAUGAAGACUGUAGAGUUGAAGACAUCACAUUCACGGUGGUGGGACAGUUACAUUAGUUCCAAUAGUUCUAAAUGGCUUGCAGAAAAUCGUGGGGAGGUGGAUCAGAGUGUUCAACAUAUGCGAAAGUUGAUUGAAGAGGAUGGAGAUUCUUUUGCAAAGAAGGCUGAGAUGUAUUAUGAGAAGAGGCCAGAGUUGGUUGCUCUUGUUGAGGAAUUUUACCGAAUGUAUCAGGCAUUGGCUGAGCGCUAUGAUCUUUUGACUGGAGAAUUACGUAAGAACAUUACAUCUGUAAUCCAAAUGCAGAGUUCUGGCAUUUCUGAUCCCUUCUCUGACCAAGCCUCUCCAUUUCUUACUCCUGAGAACAAGCUGGUUGUGCACAAGUCUGGUGAUCCCUUCUCUGAACAAGGCUCACCAUUUCUAACUGCUGAUCACAGGUUCGUUGGGCACAAGUCUGGUCAUCCCUUCUCUGACCAAGCCUCUCCAUUUUAUACUCCUGAUCACAAGUUGGUCGGGCACAAGUCUGGACAGCAAGCUGUUGGUUUUGAUUUAUCUGUGAAUUCUGGUGGCAGUAGCUCUGAUCUUUCAUUAAAGGGAAGUCCUCAAUCUUCAUCAUCACCAUCAUCAGACUCUGAUUCAGAAUCUUUUAACUCAUCUAUAAACUAUUCCGGACCACCUGUGAACAGUGAUGACAGAGGGCUGCAUGAAAUAUCUGUUGAACAGGAGAUGGAGCUUCCAGGCAUGGAGAAGGUCCAGGUGACCAAGGAAGAGAAGAAAUAUGGCAUGUCAAAAGUAAGGGAAAGUGGGGGCUAUGAAAUGUUGCUUAGGCAAAUCACUGAAUACGAAGAAGAAUUGAGAAUUUCAAAUAAAAAGCUUCAGUUUUCAGAAGAAGAGAUUGUCAGGUUGAAGGAUGAGCUAAAAAAGAAUGAAUCUGUGACUGUGCUAAUGGAUAAUUUACGGGCUCAGCUGGACUCCACACAGAAUGAUAUCACAAUGAGAGAGGCAGACAUUGAAAUGGAAAAAGGAAGGGUGCUAGAUUUACAAAAGCAAGUUGCUGACUUAGAAAAGAAGGUCUCAGACUCCAGUUGCAAGGUUGGGACAUUGGUGGAAGAGCUGAAAUUAACUAGAGAAAAGCUUAAGGAUUCAGAAGAGGAGCUUUCAAAAUUGAAGCAUGGACUUUCCAAUGAAAUCUUUGAAGCGACUCAUAAAUUGCAAGGUCAGCUUGAAUUAGCUCAGAAGGAUGUAACUCUGUUGGAGGCCAAACUUGAUGCAGAGAAAAGACAGGUUUUGGAGCUGGAGGAGAGAAUUUUGAGCUACAUAGCUGAUGUAUCAGACCGUGAUCAAGAGAUCAAGGACUUGAUUGCUGCAUUAGGCGAUACUCGAAUAAACUUCUCUCUAGAGAAAGCAAAUUUCCAAUCUGACAUUUCUAGUUUGUCAGAGCAAAUAGCUCUCUUAUGGGCAAGAAUUGAAGAACAGGAACUGCAAAAACAAUCCUUGGAAAGUGAGCUCAGGCAACAUGAAACUGAUAAAAUGGAAAUGAAAUGUCAGUAUGAAGCCCAAGAGAGAGAUUUGCAGGGUGACAUUGAACGUUUAAAGAACGAACUCUAUGGGAGAGGUGCAUUUGUGGAAACCUUGAAUAAAAAUCUUGACGAACUUAAAUUGAAAUAUGAUAUGCUAAUGGCGGAGAAAGAUGGGAUCAAUGCCAAUUUACAGACACUCAUCGCAGAAAUGAAUUCGCGAGACAAGCAGAUGGAACAACUGGAGGGGAAUCUGCAUCAAAUGCAGGUAAAAUAUGUGGACUUGGUUGCUGGAUCUGAAAGUUCACGGAAGUUAGCAGAUGAACUAAACUUGAAAGUGGUAGAGCUUGAGAAAGAGGUGGAUAGGCAGAGUGUGGUGAUCUCCGAUAGGGCUGAGGAGAAGAAAGAGGCUAUACGGCAGCUAUGCUUUGCAUUGGAGCAUUACAGGAGUGGGUAUAAAGAACUUCGCCAGGCAUUCAUUGGGCACAAGCAGCGUGCAGUUCUGGCAUCGUAAGUUCAUUCAUUCCUACUGAGUUUGGAAAAUUUGUAUCAAAUGUGUGUGAAUCUUGGUGGACCCCUUUACAUAUAUACUAUAGUUGUGGACCUUUAUCGCGUUUCUUUUUAGCUCAUGAUCACAUCAGUUCAGAUGGUGUUAUGCCAGUGCUCAAUCAAUUUGGAUGCUUCUGUAAGCACUAGAUUGUGCAAUUGAUAUAUAAUGUUCUUGAGAGGAACAAAAUAUAAUAGUAGAACUGUAUUUUGAAUUUU